GGAAUCUGGGAGAGAAGGAGAGGAAAGCAGCUCCUUUUUAGAAACGACAUGGCUCUUAUCUUUCAACAGAGCUGGAAAGCAACAACAGAAGGAUAAAAUAGAAGAUAUAUGACUCCAAAGCACUGCAGUCCCCGGGCCCCAGGCAGUAAACAUGCUUCAAGAGCUGUUAAUUCACAAGCCAGAGGACCCCAUUCAGUUCAUGAUAGAGUAUUUAGAGCAGCACAACGAUGAUGCUCCAAGGAUCUGCAUACUCGGUCCACCUGCUUCUGGUAAAACUACCAUGGCAAUACGGCUUUGUAAACAUUUGGAUGCCAUACGUAUCUCUCAGGAGACUUUGCUUUCCAAGGAAACAUUAGCUCUGACAAAGGAAGCAAAGGAAUAUAAAGAAAGAAAAGAGAAAAUUCCCAACGCGCUUUGGGCCAAUCUGAUCCGGGAACGUCUGUCAAACGUGGACUGCAUCAAACAAGGCUGGAUCUUGGAAGGCUUUCCUGAAAAUCAGGAACAGGCACGGUUGCUGCAAUCAUCUGGCAUCAUUCCGAGGCAUGUUGUCGUGCUCUAUGCUGCAGACACUGUGCUGAUUGAGCGGAACAGUGGGAAGAGGCUCGAUCCCCUCACCGAAGAGGUGUACCAUACAACCUUUGAUUGGCCGAGUGAUAUGGAGAUACAGCAACGUUUGGUGAAACCAGAUCUGUCUGAGGAGGAGAUGUCAAAACAACUGCUGGAAUACCAUAGGAACUAUCCCGGAGUGUUCCAGAUCUACCAGAAAAUUUUGAGAUCAAUCAAUGCAGACCAGCCUUUUGUGGAUGUCUUAUCACAAGCUCUUACCUAUGUCCAAACCAAGCACCGAUCAGCUGCCCCUUUUACUCCACGUAUUCUCUUUUGUGGCCCCCCAGGCAGUGGGAAGAGCCUGCAGGCAGCACUAAUAGCUCAGAAAUACGGCAUUGUCAACAUUUGCUGUGGGCAACUGCUAAAGGAAACUGUUGCAGACAAGACAAAACUUGGAGAAUUCGUUAAGCCUUACAUUGACAGUGGAUACCCAGUCCCAGACAACAUCGUUAUGAAGAUCCUGGAGAAACGCCUAAAUGCACCAGACUGCUUGGCCAAGGGCUGGGUGCUUCGUGGCUUCCCAAGGGACACAGAGCAGGCAGAGAUGAUGCAAAAUGCAUGUAUUAUUCCAAACAGGGUAUUUUUCUUCAACCUUUCCUACGAAACCAUCAUUGAACGACUGUCUCAGCGGAGGAUUGAUCCAGUCACAGGGGAAAGAUACCACACAACAUUCAGACCAGCACCUACUCCAAAGAUCCAAGCCCGCCUCAAGCAGAACCCCAAGGACAAGGAAGACAGCAUUGAGAAACGCGUGGACUUCUGUCAAAGGAACAUCAGGUAUCUGGAGGCGUUUUAUGAAGAUGCCUUUUAUGUCAAUGCUGAUCAAGACCCGCAUCCCAUCUUUGAGUUUAUAGAAAGCUGUAUCAUUAAGCCCCUUCCGUGCAAAAAAAUAAACACUUCUAAUUAAUUAAGGAUGA